UACACUUAGAGAAUACCUAGGUACAACGUCACGUACCUGAAACGUGUCUGGAAAUUAAUAAGCAUUAUGUAAACAAAAAGGAGAGCGAUGGUGCGUUCCGCUCAUUGCUGUGGUGGACUUAACAACUUCAAAUUUCAAAAUGAAGUUUGAUAAGUUACCGGCGGAAGCAGCUGACAACGGUCACGUGACAAGCAUAAAUGGGGAUAUCCGGAGAGAAGUGGACCCUGACACACAAUGUGGUAUUGGGUCCUUCCGUCCUGCAUUCCUACAGGUUUUUGCCCGAAUUGGUGCUUUCAUCGGUAUUUACAGUAUCUCAGGACUGCUUACGUCAACGCUGUCAGUUUAUGUCAACUCUCAGGUAUCUAUGUUGGAGAAGCAGUUUGGCUUUAGCAGUGCAGAGACUGGUCUUCUCAUGAGCUGUAACGACAUAGGCUUUCUUUCAUGUGUUAUAUUUGCUGGAUUCAUCGCUAGAAAGGUACAUAUUCCGAGAGGUUUAGGAAUCAGUACUAUUUUGUUUGGCGUAUGUGGAAUAAUGUGUGCACUGCCAUACUUUAUGCAAGACCAUUCUGCUUAUGAAAUCGAGGAUAAGCCAGCAGGCCCUGGCAUGUCAGACAAUAUGACCUUUGUCAGAACUAUGGGAAAGAAGGUUCCAAUGUGCGAAAAUGAGACUAUGAACGGUGAAGAUGGAUGCAACGCGGCAGCAGGUAGCGCACAGGCGACGGCAAAUAUCCAGCAACUUCAUAUCAAGAAGGUAGCAUUCAGCCUCAUUGCUUUUGGAAUGGUAUUCCAAGGUGUUGGAAAGUCUGUAAGAUACCCAUUUAUUACACUUUACGUGGACGAUGCCGUAGAUAAACGAAAGACCGGAUUCUAUAUGGGUAUACUCACCGGAACUGGAAUCUUUGGUCCUGCACUGGCCUACCUUAUUGGUGGACUGUUCAGCAAAAUAUAUGUAACACUUGAACCGGUCGCCAUCACACCAUCGGAUCCGCGAUGGAUUGGUGCCUGGUGGUUGGGAUUUUUAGUGUUUGGCGCAUGCGCAAUAUUCUUUAGUAUACCAAUCAUGUGCUUUCCGCGGAAACUGAAAUCUAAAAGUAGAAUGACAGACCUGGAACUGACGGAGAAAAAAGUAAAGUCAACUGAAAAGAAAACAGUAACGCAGACAUUGACGCAUGAGCUAAAAGACUUCGGACAGACAGUUGGACGUCUAUUGCGUAAUCCGAUUUACGUAACUAUAACUGUAUCAUCAGUUAUCAAUAUAGUGGGCGUGGCAGGAGUUUUAUCGUUUAUGCCGAAGUAUCUAGCGGCACAGUACACAAUACCGUUGUGGCAGGCAAAUAUCAUCCUUGCUUUGAGUAGUAUUUCUGCUGUGGCGUUGGGUUCUUUUCUUGGUGGCGUUAUGUCGCGUAGAAUUGAAAUGACUCCCCAGAAAACGGUCAAACUGUUGCUUCUCUUCUACGCCAUUAAUUUCAUUUGCGUGUGUAGUGGAUUUGUACUCGGAUGUGAUCAACCAGCGCUAGUAGGAGACAAUGGGAAAGGUGAGGUGUCCUCAUUUUACAAAUCCGUGGAACAGUCCUGUAUACAAGGAUGUACCUGUGAUGACGAGAAAUAUUUUCCGGUGUGUGGUGAUGACGGUCGUUCUUACUUUAGUCCCUGCCACGCUGGUUGUACAGAGAAAAGCACAAAGUCAUUCACGAACUGCACGUGCAUUCCCUCUGGUCACGCUGUGCCAGGGCUAUGUGAUCAAGGGUGCUCUACUAAACUGUACCUGUACGCUGUUUUCACAUUCAUAGGAAAGCUUUUUACUGCCUUCAAAAUUAUACCGACGUUUCUUGCAAAAAUAAGAUGUGUUGAAGAAAGAGAUCGAGCUGCAGCAUCGGCAUUUUCCGGAUUCUUAACUUCCGCACUAGGUUGGAUGCCAGGCCCAGUUAUCUUUGGUGCUGUAAUUGACGGGACGUGCACUUUAUGGAAGUACACGUGUGGAGAACGACAAUCGUGUUUUCUGUACGACAUCGUAUUUUUCCGUAACGCUAUCCAUGGUUACGCAACAGUGGCGACAACAGUUGCGAUGCUAAUUGUUGUUAUGUUGUACAUUUACUUCCGGGUCAAAGGAAUUACAGAAUGGCGGGAGGGAGAGAAGAAACCCGGGUUGGACCAAUCUGUGACCGUGGAAAAUGGAAAGAAGGGUGGACAUAUUUAUAAACAAAUGGAAACCACGAAUGACUGACAGGGAAAAAAAGAGAGGAACACUUUUCAGACAUGUAGUUCUGUAUAUGGUUGUCACAUAAUUAUUUUAAUCAAGCAAAUAAUAAGCACAGGGUACUAGAAUGUUGCGCAGUUCUGUUAGUGCUGAUUAUAUAAUAGUUUCGGCAAAAAUGUAUAUUUCCGUGCGAACAUGGAAUCGUCGAUUCCUGAAUAUCAGAUUUAUGGAUUUUUAUUACUGCAUGUAUUUACUAUUGCGGAUUGAUGCAUUUAUGAAUUCUACAAAAAAUAAUACCGGCGAAUUACAUUGAGUUCUCGGUAUAGAGAAAUAUAAUACUUUCAACGUACACAGACCGUCAGAACCAUGCAGUUCAACGGUUAUUAGAUAUGAAAAUUUGUUCUUUUAUAAAGUAAUGUUUAUGACUUUCACUUGAUAGAUCUGUAUUAUUUUCAAACAUAUACCAAAGAAGUUAAAAAAAUACCGAGUCUUUUGACCGUCAGUUUCUGCAUUAUUUCAAAAUCAUUGCAACCGUUUACUACCCUCUACAUAAGAAUUGUGGUUACUUAUAAGAAUAUCUUGAAAAAAUGCAUAUGUCAAUAACUUUUUUGCUGCUAAUCACUUUCAGAAUACUCAGUUUUUAUGGCUUUUAAACGAAUUAUUUUAUUCAAAUUGUUUGGAUUAGUCUCUUUAAUAUUCUUGUACAUUAAUUGUUGUUAUACUUGGAAUGUAAUACAAGUGAAAUGAGAAUAUGUUCUAUCUCUGUCUCUUGUCUUAUUUUCCCCUUAAAAUAGCCUGCUCCAUAGAAAAAAUAUGUGGAAAAAAUCAGAAAAUGAACUUUACUUAUAUAUUAAUGUUUACAUUAUUUAAGAUACUUGUUUUUUGACAUUAAAGCAUUUUAAUUGUAGACGAUCGUUGAAUAAGUUAACUCUCUAGAGGGUAUAAUCUAAUGAUCAGUUGUCAGUGGGAAAAACGUUGAUCUAGGUAGUUUAUAGGAGUUAAAGGAUAAAUAAAAGUACAAAAGUACUUUCUUUUGAUAUAUAUGUUUUCAGGCAGCUCGGGAGAUAUAGCCUUAAUGGGUUCGGUUAACCUCACCCCUUCUAGCCCGUAUCAGUCUCGACCAGUAGCCUAUUUCUUAAUAACAUAUAGUCUGCUUUGUCAGGGGAGGGCUCCAGAUAAUGUUGUUAUAACUUCUGACCAAACCCUUUUGUAUAUUUACAUUGAUGUAUUUAUGUAUGCUUGUUGUAUGUGUGUGUAUUGAAUAUAUUAUAUAUAUAAUAUGAUUAAAGAAAAAAAAAUCAA